AUCUAACCGAUGGAGAAAGGCCUUCUCUCAGUUAGCUCGCAAGAUCUCAAGACACAUUUUGUGUCACAUUCAACGCACUUUUUGUCCGGUUGUCAUUUAACUCGGUCACUAACUUAUCCUUAGGUGCGGCGAAUGGUUUAGGAAUUGUGUAGCAUCGAAUCGUAACUUACUCUUUUUGGCUAUUAGCUCUCAGUUUCUCAUGUAACUAGUUGGUGAGCACAAUUUCUCUGCCUGCUAUCCAGGUUGCUAGCUAGCUAGCUAACAUAGCUAGCCAUUCUGUUUUAGGCUGAAACGAUUCAAGAAAGAUGGCGGACGACCCCAGUGCUGCAGACAGGAACGUGGAGAUCUGGAAGAUUAAGAAGUUGAUUAAAAGCCUUGAAGCUGCCAGAGGGAAUGGCACGAGUAUGAUCUCUCUCAUCAUUCCUCCGAAGGACCAGAUUUCUCGAGUGGCCAAGAUGUUGGCUGAUGAGUUUGGCACAGCCUCUAAUAUCAAAAGUAGAGUGAACCGCCUCUCCGUGCUAGGAGCAAUCACAUCUGUACAACAGAGACUCAAGCUCUACAAUAAGGUGCCACACAAUGGCUUGGUGGUGUAUUGCGGAACUAUUGUAACUGAAGAGGGCAAAGAGAAGAAAGUCAACAUUGACUUUGAGCCUUUCAAACCAAUCAACACAUCCCUGUACCUGUGCGAUAACAAAUUCCACACAGAGGCUCUUACUGCAUUGCUGUCAGAUGACAGUAAAUUUGGCUUCAUUGUGAUUGAUGGGAGUGGUGCACUAUUUGGGACUCUCCAGGGGAACACUAGAGAAGUGCUUCACAAGUUCACCGUGGACCUUCCCAAAAAACACGGUAGAGGAGGUCAGUCUGCCUUGCGUUUCGCCCGUCUGAGAAUGGAGAAGAGGCACAACUACGUACGCAAAGUGGCAGAGACGGCAGUGCAGCUUUUCGUGUCCAACGACAAGGUCAACGUCGCCGGCCUGGUACUCGCCGGAUCAGCAGACUUCAAAACGGAACUAAGUCAGUCGGACAUGUUCGAUCCGAGGUUACAAGCAAAGGUCCUGAAGCUGGUGGACAUCUCGUAUGGAGGAGAGAAUGGCUUCAACCAGGCCAUAGAGCUCUCUGCUGAGGUCUUGUCCAAUGUCAAGUUCAUACAGGAGAAGAAACUCAUCGGAAGAUACUUCGAUGAGAUCAGUCAGGACACGGGGAAGUACUGUUUUGGUGUGGAGGACACCUUGAAGGCAUUGGAAAUGGGAGCGGUGGAGAUCCUCAUAGUCUACGAGAACCUGGACACCAUGCGUUAUGUUCUGCGGUGCCAUGGCGCCGAGAACAACGGACCAGAGAACGACGAGAAGACUUUGUUUCUGACUCCAGAGCAAGAGAAGGACAAAUCUCAUUUCACAGACAAAGAGACAGGACAAGAGCACGAGCUGAUCGAAAGUAUGCCUCUGCUGGAGUGGUUCGCCAACAACUACAAGAGGUUUGGAGCCACGCUGGAGAUAGUCACCGACAAGAGCCAAGAGGGGUCACAGUUUGUUAAAGGCUUUGGUGGAAUCGGGGGGCUCUUGCGCUACCGGGUGGAUUUCCAGGGAAUGGAUUAUCAGGGCGAAGAUGAUGAGUUCUUUGAUUUGGAUGACUACUAGGUAGUCAGGACUGAACUAUGAUCGAUGACUAAAUCAAAUGUAAGGCUUCAUCCAGACCAAUUGGGAGAGAGAGAAGAUGAGAGUCCUGGAGAGGACGAACGGAGCAAUGUGAGAAGUCUAAAAAAAACAUAAACAAAGUAUAAUAGUAUAUAUAUGUUGUAUCCCUGACUUUAAAAAAAGAACACACACAAAGUAAUGAACUUUUGGGUCGGACUGAGUCUAGGUUUUGCUCCUCUCCCCUCUCUGUGAAGGUAUGAAGUGUCAGAAAGGCCCAGUUUUCCCCCUCCCCCUAAAACUCACCUUUCUCUAAGAUACGGAUGGGCUUCAAGCAUCGGCUUGUGUAAAAAUAAUCUUUUUUAUACCCUACCCUUUCUUUUUUUAUUGCCCACUGCUUUUGCAUUUCAUAACUUAUUUUAAAUUGUGUUGAUUUGUUUUAUUUUUGCUUUUAUUUCCAUCUUUUUCAUUCUUUUUCGCACUGUUUAUGAAGUUUGAUUGGCUUGCACUACUGCGUUUAGGUCUUCAGGGUUGAAGUGAAUGGAGUUGGUUUUUCAGCCCAGUUGUGCCCUAGGACUCUCCUUUCUUUUCAGCUUGGUUAUCGGUUCUCUGUGGUUUGUUCUGGAUUCUGUGUAAUUGGUUAGUGGUCGAUCCGAACAUAGCCUCGCGGGUGCCGUCUAUCCAUCCAUCCAUCCAUCCGUCUGUCUCUCCAUCCUAGCUCCUUCCUCACUCGCCUUCUCUUCCAUUCUCCUUCUGUCACUGUGACUGAUGGCGCCCUCUGAGCCAGCUCAAUCCCUGCUACUGAUCUUCCCAGGUGAGCAGUGGGCAAGAUGGAUGUCACUGCUCUCCGAGUCCCACAGCAGGGGCUUCUUCAUACGAUGCCCGGCCACACUCCCUUCCUAAAGGUGGAGUUCCCCCUCAUGCAGUGUGAUGAGAGAUCGGACCCUAAAGCUGACCUCCAGUUAGCCUCCGGUUUGCGCUCUGUUAUUCCAGGAGGAGGCUGAGUGAAUGCCCAAAGUGUCUAAGAUGGUAGAGCACAAAGGAUGCUGAGGCUUUGACAUUGAUGUCGACUGCUUUCACCAGUUAGGCCAGAUUGAUCUCAUUUUAGC